GAGCUGGACCCUGUGUGCCACCAGCUCUACGAGUUCUACAGAUCCAAGGAGGUCAAACUGAAGCUGUUCUCCUUGCAGUUUGUUGCCACCCUGGUCUGGCUGUACCUGCGUUGUCUUAGCAACGGUGACAAGAAGAGUUGCGGCGGUGUGGAGACAUUCCUUCUUGGGGUCUACAACCUGGAGAUUGUCAAGUCUGAUGGCACACCUCUUGUUGAGAGCUUUUGCAUACCAUCAAUUAGCAAGGCCUCAGUAUACCAUGAU